AUGGAUCCCUCUGCCAUGUCCUACCCCAGGUAUUCAGGGAGCUCUGAGCCUGUGUCACUGGACACAGUGAUUGCUCAGAGAUUCAGCUACACCCUGAACCCUAACAUGCAGUCAGAAUUCCUACAGUCACAGCAUGCAAGGCUCCCACAGUCAUGGGGUGCUGACUCUGCCCUGCAGACCUGUCCCAUCCUUGGAGAGAAUGGCUUUGCCGCCCUGAGUGAAAUCCUGGCAGGCGCGGUGGGCGCACACUGCCCGCCAAAGUGUUCUGUUCCGGGGGUCGCGGACAGCUCCAGGGAGCCUGCGAACCGGUUCAGGACGGAGCCCAGGCCCUCAGCCCGCCCCCGGGUACAAGCGCUGAUCUCUGCCCGUCACAGCAUCGGGGCUGCUGUCCGGGGCGCCUCUGGUUCCGGAUCAGCUCCAGGUCCAGUCCACCGCCAGGUCCUGUCGCUCUGCGGCCGCACUUGGUCCCGAGCGCGCCACUUCUCCCCUCCCCUGGGCGCGCACCUGCCCGGCCCGGCCUGUGCUCCCCGCGGUGGACAGCAGAGGGCACGCGAGCCUCGGAGUCGGGCCCUGUCUGCUGGAGAGCCGCGGCCCUGGGGACUUCCGCCCCUCAAGGGCUUCAGGCAGCAGAGUGUGGUCCGCCCGCCCACCUCCCUACCAAGCACUGCUCGCGGUCUCCCCGGGCAGCGUGCGGGAGCCCUGACGCGGGGGAACGCGCGGCGCGGGCGACACUCCGGGCCUGGGUCCUCACUCUGCCCGGCCCGGCCGCUGGGCCUCGGCCUCCGCGGGUGUAAAUGCGCCCGGGGAGGGGGGGCUUCGGGUGAGAGGGGGCGGCCGCGGCCUCCGCCCUUCUCCCCUCCUCUCCCACCCACCGCGUCCGCUUCCCGCCUCGUCCCUGCCUCCCCGGGACCCGCACGGCCCCGGGACCCGCACAGCCCUGGGUGCCGCACAGCCCUGGAUCCCGCACAGCCCAGGAGUCGUCCUCUGCAGUGGCCAGGAGGCUCAGAGGCAAAUGAUGGCGCGGGGCGGGGCCUCCGCAAGGAGUCCCACAGGCGCCGCGUCUGCGCUGUCCCGGGCACCAGCGGCUCGCCAGGCUUUUCCUCGCCAGUGCCGGUUGCGGGCCAGCUCUGGAGCUCGCGUGGGAGUCCCCGGGCCCGAGGGAGGAGGCGCCCUCCUGGGGGAGUCGCAACGCGGGGUGGGCACUGGAGGAGGGGGCGCCCUCCAGCUGCCAGCCGCACCCCUCCCAGCCCCGUGGCCGCCCCGCUGCCCAACGCAGAGGCAGCCAAGGCCACUCCAGAGCCCCCGGAGUCCCUGAGGUCCUGCCCUGCAGGCCGAGCACACCCUUGGCGCCCCAUGCAUGCAUGGCCGCCUCAGCACCUGCAGCCCGGGGUCCUGGCCCCUCCUCCCUGCGCGAAGGGCGCCCCCUCCCCAGGCCCCGGCCCUUGGCCUCCAGGAAGGGGCCAUGGGAGGUGGUGGGAGGGGUCCGGCGGCUCCACGGGCCCUGGGAGCCUGGCCAGACACAGGAGCUGGUGAGUGGGCAGCGGGGCUGGGAGCAGCUGCUCCUCCAGGGGGCGGGGGCGGGGGCCUGCUCCCAAUCAGAACCGCGGCCACCCAUGCAUCCCGGUGCCAUGGAUGGCCACUCACCGACCCUAGGGAGCUCCCAUCACAGUCGCCCCCCCCAUCUCUCUCUCCCUCUCCCCCUCCAGCUCCGUGGGUCCCAGGCCAUGCGGACCGCGCGUUCGGAGCCCGCGGCCGGGCGGGGGUAGGGUUGGCCAGGCGUCCUGCGCCAGCAUGGAGGUGCUGGGUGCCCCAGUGCCCAGCAAAGCUGGAGAGGCCGCGGUGAAGUGAGAGCUGUGCUACCACGUGAAGGCCAAGAUGUGGUGGAUGGAAUUAUGAGACAUACAAAGAAAUGAAGUGUGAUGGGGCCAGCGCUGUGGUGUAGUGGGUGAAGCUGCUGCCUACAGUGCCAGAAUCGCAUUUGGGUGCGAGUUCAAGACCGGUUGCUCCACUUCUGAUCCAGCUUCCUGCUAUGGCAUGGGAAAGCAGUAGAAGAUGGCGCAAGUCCUUGGGCCCCUGCACCCAUGUGGGAGACCUGGAGGAAUGUCCUGACUCCUGGCUUUGGAUUGGCACAGCUCCAGCCAUUGCGGCCAAUUGGGAAGGGAAGCAGCAGAUGGAAGACCUCUCUCUCUCUCUCUCUCUCUCUCUCUGCCUCUCAUUCUCUCUCUGUGUAAC